UUUAUUUGUUGUUGUAGCAGUUUGUUGUACACUGAGGCUGCAGCCCUUGCCGAUAAAGGCUUUCAUCGGGUCAAUCCGGUACGUACAACCGGCUGCCAUGGGAUUGAGCUAUAAUUUGUAAAAAUAAUGAGAUUUUGUAAUAUUUUCACUGCUAUAAGUUAAAUAAGCACAACUUUCCAAAGGUCUUUGUGAGCAGCUUUCACUUGUAUCAAAGUAAUGUUGUUGUAAUUGCAUGUCCAAAAGCACAACACGUUCUUUCACAAUCGUUAUUACUUCGUAUGGAUUUAUUGGAAUAGCUUGUAAUGACAGAAACAUUUUUAUUUCGUAAGUAUAUUUAUAUACAAAAUUUUCUUAAUUAUUCAUCCACAAAUACUUAUUUUUUCCAAGAUCACACUAACCCUAACAAACACUUAGAUACAAUUAAAAGUUUGGCGAUCUCGUUUAUUUUACGUAAGAAAACGACUUUCUGUGCAGCGACUGUGGUUGUGGUCUUUUUGGGCGUAGUGAAAUGUAAAUUUGCAUUAAUAUUUUGCGCUAAUCGAAUAUAGUACCAACAUUAAAAUUUAACUCCAGAUUCACCGUCUUUUAUUUGGUUUCGUUUCUAGCGAUUUUUUUUCGACUUUGACUCUUAUCUCUUUGGUUGGGUUUAGACUCUUAAAGAGUCACAUCAUACAUCUAUCUAUAUCUGUGCCCAAAUGAUAUUAGUCGAUAAACGAUUAAGAAAAUGCCAUAUCGCUUUUUGGAACCAUAUACGCAAUAUGGCAAUUUUACAAGUACAGCUUCAAAAACAAAAACAAACGCGAAUUAUGGAAUAAAUAAAUAAAUUUAAUUAUUUAAUAAAAUGUAACAGAAGAAACAACAAGUAAUGGAUCAAAGAACCAACUAUUUAUCGCUAAUUUUAUUAGAUGCUCUGGAGGAUGAGAAUGAAGGCGAUAUCUACUUUAUACUUGACCGCAAUGCAAAUGCAAUUAAUCCAAGCUGUGUGCCCCAAGAUCGGGGAAUAGCUCCUUUACACUAUGUUUGUGGAAUGAACAACGAAAAGUUGGCAAUCGAUAUAACCAAGAGAUUUUUGGAUAUGGGAGCUGAUCCUAAUUGCAAAAGUGAAGACAAUAUGACACCAUUGCAUGUGGCUGCCAUGUAUGGUAAAGUGGAAAUAGUGCGCCUAUUAUUGGGAUCACUGAGAAUUUUGAAACCAUUUGACGAACGUUUAGUAAUUUAUAUUCUACAUGGAGCCGAAAUGGAAGUCUACGAUGACGAAGGCAAAACUCCUGUUAUAUAUGCCAUUGAAGAAUGCCAUUUUGAAGUGGUUCAAGCAAUGAAGGAUCAUAUAUUUCUCGAUAAAUAUGCAAAAAAGAAACAAAUGAACUCGAUUUUAUUGUCGCAAAGCAAAUUUGAAAACUCAUUGCAUAGUAAAUCUUUAAAUAAACUCUCAACACCAGUUCAUUGUGCUACAAAAGCAACACUGUAUCACCAAUCAAGUCCGCAGUGUGUGAACAAAAGUCUCUUGAAGGUGACUGCAGCAAAUCAUUCGUUUAAUCAAAAUGGUAAUGAUGUUGCUACGCUGGAUAAUGGCAAAUAUACACCUAAUCGAAUUAACUACAAUUAUGAUGUUACUUCACCCUACUAUAUAAACAUAACACAUCGGAGACAUAAACCCCAGCCCAAAUUUCCAGAAAAUUUGGCGCCACCAAUAUCGCCCCAAAAUUUAUUACCGGAUAAAGAUGUCCAGGGAAAAGUUAUUGAUAAAAUAUCCGAAUGUGAGGAUGUGCUUUCCAUCUCUAUGCAAAAAAUUAGACUAGAGACACCAGAACCUGAAGAGACUGAAGAAACGGUUAAUAUAUUCUCACUAACAAGAGAAAACCUGAAAGAAUUGACCCAACGCACCAGUAGCUGUGGCAAAUCAAAGACUUCUCUGAUAAAGACAUGGCGCGACAAGGUUCAAAAAUCCAAAGAACGCCAAUCUAUCGUAAAUCCUAUCGAUGACAAUGUCAUAGAUGUGCUGGCGGAGCAACAAAAUAUGUUGAAUAGUAAAAAUGAAUCUCCCAUUAGAGAAGAUACUCAGAGAAAUUUGAAAGAUGUUGAAAUUGAUAGUGGAGCAUGCGAUUCGACAACUUCCUCGUCCGACAUGGAGAUAACACAAUAUCGUUUGCUACCAAAUGAAACGAAAUCAAGCUCCUCUAAGUUAGCAAUGGCUUCUGUAAAACAAAAUGCUUCGAACAUGCUGGGAACUGUGCCAGAAGAACAAACAGAAGAACCAGAAGAAAUAAAGAUAGACGAUACUCCCCCAACGCCAGCAAACCAAAAACAAUAUGAAGUCGUUGAUUUGGAUAGCAGUUAUCAAACAGUGCCGGAAAUUAAAGUCACUACAGAGGAGCAGCAUAAUUCCUCUACCAAUUUCAUUCGUUCACCAAAGAACAAUGAAUAUUUUUUGCAAAUGGCCGAGGCCUAUGUUCACACGGACGAUGAAAACGGUUUGGUGUUCUAUGAAACCCGUUUGCUAAGUAAUGUGGGUAACAAGGUGGCUAACCAAAGAAAUCCCGAAACUCCUUCACAUCAUGAUGGAAAUACUACCGUCACAUCUCAGUCGACGAAUGUAACGCUGCCAUUGGAUUAUGAAACUGAUACCUUAAGAGCAGAAUUGACUACAUUUGGUGAUCCGCCAGGACCUAUAACAAGGUCAACGAAACGUUUAUAUUUAAAACGAUUGAUGAAGUAUAAACGCAAAACAGAAUUAGUCCAGGAAUUGAAAUCUAGCCAAAAAGAAAAUGAAACAAAAUUUUCUGUGGAACUCCAAAGAACUAUGAAAUCUGAAGAACAGUUCCAGCGCAUACAAGACUAUAUGAAAUAUGAAACACAAUCAAUGCAAUACUUUGUCAACAAUCGAGAUAGGAAACAAUUACGAGAGGGCCAUCUGAAACAAAGUUUCAUUUACAUGCUGAUUGAUCCAAAGAUUUCGUGCAAUUUGCCAGGAGAGAGUGCGUUUUUAGAAAAAUUCGAAGUUUGGCAACGUUUUUUGCAAUCGAUUUUUUAUGUGGGUAAAGGCAAGACUUCAAGACCCUAUUCCCAUCUUUACGAUGCCAUGAGAGCCCAUUCCCGUAUACAUAACAAGGAAUCACAGCAGAGAUGCAGUAAAACAGGCAAAAAGAUAUCAAUUAAGAAGCAACCUUUAAAUGCGGAUCUAUUUAAAUCUCCUCCACAAAAAUCAUCUGAUAGCAAAAAAUUAGAUCGUAUUUUGCAUAUAUGGGGCAAUGGUUAUGGCGUUGUUUGCUUGCAUGUCUUCCACAAUAUUGUGCCCACUGAGGCGUAUACGAGAGAGGCGGCCAUCAUCGAUGCCUUGAGCUUGCAGCAUUUAACAAAUUGCAAACGUGGCGAUUACUAUGGACCAGCAAAGACAUGGUCCAUGAAAGAGAAGAAGUACUUGGGCAUAGCCUUGCUAUUUAAAGCUAUGCAUAUUUACCUGGCGGAGGGAGAGUCGCAACUGUCACCAAGUGAUCUCAUCUAAGCUCUCUGUGUUAUGGCCAUAUCACUCACCAAUUUGUGGACAUAAAUCGAUCUGUGAUAGUUUGGUUUUAUUCUAAACAUUUAUCAACGAAAUUCAGCCAGUAUUAUUUGAAUAAGCUAAGAAUUAAAAGUAUUUGUCUUUGGGAAGUGUUAAUUGGAAAUCCCUCAUUAUUUUAGCGGCUUUAAUUAUUAUAUUUUUU